AUGGUCAACCCAACUACUCCGACCAAACGCAAAGCUUGCAAGAGUGACGCCGAGCGCAGCUCCGAGCAGGCUUCUGCGCCCGAUACACCCUCCAAGAAAGCCAAGAAAGAUUGGACAGCCGGUGAGUGUGAAGUGAGCAGUUUGCGCUGGCCCCUCGGGCGUGGCUGGGAUCCGCUCGGCUUGACCUCCCUCAUGCAGUGACGCUUGCUGACCUUCAUUACCGCCAUCCCGCUGCGCCGACUUGCCCUGGCCCUGCAAAAGAGGAAGAAGCGGCUCUGAUGAAGGCCGUCUUUGACUUGGCAUUGGACAGCAUUCCUCACCUGCACAGCGCCAGCGGGUUGCGCGAGACCAGGACCAAUCCAUCCGUGAGUCAGUCGGACGCGUACACGUACGCGUAGAAGCGCAUGUCAUUAUGCUCGUGCUGACACGGACGACUGACUCUUCAUUGUGCUCCGUCUGCUUCUUGCAUGGUCGAUCGCACUCCACACGCAUCAGAUCAAUAGCAAGCUUCGAACGCUUCGUGCAAAGUACGAGAAGCGCAACUGA